AUAAUGUUGAAAUGCGCGAGAAGCUUAUUCCAGUUGACGUUAACAGUCUUGAUGUUACUUAUUCAAAAAAGACUUACUGUAGCGGAAAAAAGAAAUGUAGGUACUUAAUUUUUGGCGUAAUGUUUACAAGCGUUUUUGCAUUAAGUUUGUUUUGGUAUUUUUGUAGUAGUGAAAAUUGUUCAGUCGGAGUAACAUCAGUGAAAUUACAUUGGCCAAAUAUGACUUCUUUGAAAACUAAAAUAAGCAAUUAUCGUUUGGGUUUCUCACCAGAAUUUGCAGAGAGUGAAUCUCUUAUUCCAUCAGAGAUAUUUGAUCAAAAUAAUUCAGAAAAGCUAAAUGGAAUUGGGUUUACCAUGGAUAAAAAGAAACAGGUUCCUCAAAAACGUUUUGAAUUCAACAUUAAAGGGUCUGACGUCAUAGUUUUCCUUCACAUUCAAAAUACGGGAGGAAAUUUAUUUGCACGACAUCUAGUCGAAGAUUUGGCUAUUGAAAGCCCUUGUUUGUGCAAGAAAAAACGGAAAAUGUGUAAAUGUUUCAGACCAAAUAAACGAAGCUCUUGGCUCUUUAGCCGCUAUACCAAUGGCUGGAAAUGUGGUGUGCAUCCUGAUUGGACAGAACUAACCAGUUGCGUUGACAAAGUUAUGGAUGAAGAGGAAGGAAGACCUGUAAAAAGAAGGUAUUUCUACAUAACAGUUCUUCGAGAUCCUGUCACUCGUCUACUCAGUGAGUUUUGGCAUGUUCGAAAGGGCUUAGGCUGGAAAGCUUCACGUCACUGGUGUGGUGGACGUGAAGUAACUACCAAUGAUGUCCCAUCCUGUUUUACUGACAAAGACCUGAGUAAACUAACUUUAUCUGAUUUCUUGUCUUGUCCAUCCAACUUAGGCUUGAAUAGGCAGACUAGAAUGCUUGCAGACUUAGCUCUUGUUGGGUGUUAUAAUUCCUCUGUUUUAUCUAAGGAGGAACGAGAAAUUGUUAUGUUGGAAAGUGCUAAAAACAACCUUCACAAAAUGGCAUUUUUUGGUUUAUCUGAGUUUCCAAAAAUGUCUCAGUAUAUUUUUGAAGCAACAUUUGAUUUGUAUUUUUUGGAAAAAGAUGAAAAACAGAAUUCUCGUAACUCUGGAAAGGAUAAGAGUGAAAAAAAAGCUUUAUUACACAACUUAACAAAUGCUCAGAUUGAAAAAAUCAAAGAACUGAAUAAGUUAGACUUGGAGCUGUAUCAGUAUGCAAAGAAACUUCUUUUCUACAGAUUCCAUUUUCUUAAACGCACUGAUCCUGAGUUUGAAGAUAAUUUUAGUCUUGCAACAAGAAGCAAACUUUCAAAUGUUAAUUGGGCAGAAAAAGAAGAUCAGAUUGAAAGCAUUUUAAAGUAAUUUACAUAAGAAACAUUCUCAGGUAGCUUGCGUCAUGUUUAUGAAUGAAAUAUUAUUAGAAUUCCAAAUCAGCUAUAUGGUCAUCUUAUAGAUGUUUAAAAUAUACUUAGUAAAAUGUCUGAAUUAUCAAUUACCUUUUGAAUUGUAGAAUUUUUAUGGGAUGAAAUGGUCAUAACUACAUACAGGGCAGCUUAUAAAAAAAAUAUGUCUGAAUUAUCAAUUACUCUAUGAAUGUUUGUUGAAAUUUUAUGGAAUGAAAUGGUCAUCACUACAUACAAGGUAGCAUAAAAUGUAAAUGCAUAACCAGUGCUGAAACAGCAACUAAUUUUUGCUAGUUUCUUUUUAACAGUUGACUUAUUUGACUAGUGGCAUAAAGCAUAAAAUUGGUAGACAGCAUUUAUGUAUAUUUGUUUUAGAACAUUAGGCAUAAUGUAUUUUCUGAUGGAAGAAAGUGAGGAGUGUUCUGAUUGAUUCUGAUUGGCUAGGCAAUGGUUAGUAUUAAAAUCAAGGAUUUGGGGUGCUACUAUAGCAUGCAGUCUACAAAGAAAUUUGCACUAUAGUGUGUGGUCAACACAGAUACUAUCAUCAUCAUCACUGUUUUAAUAAUUUACUAAAAUAUAAUUUAUUGCAAAAUAAUUUAUAUCUAAGCAUAAAAGCAUUAUUUUUAAUAAAUGGUGCCAAUUGCAAAUAAAUGAAAGUUAAAAUUGUAAUGAUGAUAGUAUCUGUAUAGACUGCACGCUAUAGUAGCACCAGAUUUAGUAUGACUUGGAGACGUGGCUGGACUGACAAUUUGAAACUACCAAAAUAUUCUAAUCAAAAUUUGUUUACAUAGAAUAAUAUUUUUUAAACUGUUUUAUAUACACAGGAUUAGAGUGUAAUAUUGAUUUCUUAUUUUCUUGAUUUAUUUUAUUCUGUGUAUAACAUCGUACUUCACAUAGGUGACGGGACAGAAUAAUUAACUCAUGUAAAUGUGAGAAAUUACGUUUAUGACUAAAACACACAAAUAAAAAUUAUACUCUACAUGUUGCACAAACAUUUCACCAGGAUAGAACUUCAGAAAAGUAAAUUUUCAAGCAAUAUAGUAAAUUUAUGAUUAAAAACAAGACAACUACUGUGCUUCAUACAUUAGUAAUAGUGGAAUCAAGGCACCUCAUAUUUGUUGUUGUACCCUUAACUUAACUAUGAUAGUAUGUAUUUUAGUUAGAGCUUAAAUGAAAAUUAAUGUUUCCAAGAGACACUGGGACAGAUAACUGCUGUUGUUUUCAUUUGAAAAACCAGUAAAUAAACUUAAUAUUAUUCUUUCUCUCAUGCAAAGACCAAAGAUAAGCACUGGCAGAGAAAGAUCAUUAAUAACAUUAAAGGACACCAGGGGAAAUUUUCUGUCUAUAUAGGCUCUCCUAUCCACUAAAUUCAAUUAAGUCCUUAAAAGAAAAAUGAACUCGGAGCCAGCCCUUAUCAUUCAGAUAUCAAGCUUUCCCUUAAAUUUAUUGCACCUACGUCAUCCAUAGGCUAACCUAUAAAGUUGUUUUAGAUCAAGAUGACUUCUCUGCCAAAAUAUAAUAAAACAAAGAUGCAUCAAUUCCCUUAACAUUCUUGAAUAUCUCAAUCAGAUCCUCUCUAACUAUUCUUUUCUUUUCAAGAGACUCCACUAAACUUGGCAGUAAUUAAGAUUUGUUUGACAACCAGGGGCGAUCAGAAACAGUUGUUCCUCUUCAGCCCCACACCCAGAAUUAAGGUUUAGUCCUACUACGCUUUGUCUCAUGCAGCUAAGUGCAAGAGAAAACAAACAGAUGUUUUUUAUACCUAUUUGACUUGUGAUUUUGUGGUCAACUAAUGGCAGCUGGGAUUUUCAGCACUACAUGCAACAUACAUGUAGAAUGUAUUACAUGUAUGCUAACUUGUGUACUGUGUGCAGAUGCUAUAAUGUAAUUAUGGAUUUUCAAUCCCAAACUGAUUGUUGAUAACACUGAUACAAAGUUAUGAUACACAUAACAAAAACCAGCUAAACUGUCAUUUUAGCAUAAAUAUGUAUGAAUACAUUUUUUAAAGCAGUGUUUCUAACUAGUCAGAAAUGUUUAAUAGUUCAAAGUAUGAAACAGAUAUAAAGCUAAAAUAUAGCAGAACUUGUAGUGGAGAUAGUUUACUUGUAUAUUACCAUUUUUUACCUUUCUCUACAAACUACAUAGAUUUAAAUACCACAUUUACACAAUUUCAUCAUCUAAAACUAUAAGUAGUCCACAGCAAGAGUAGUUGCUAUUCUUUGGUUAUUUGAAAACUUUAUUCACAAAGAAUUUCCUAUUUUAUCUUUGAAAAUGUUUUUCAUUUCUCUGUUUUAAAAUUUCUUCAAUUUAUAUUAUGACUUUUAUUUUUGGUCUUGUGCAUAACAUUACUGUUGCAUAUUUUUCUUAUUUCAACAAAACAUUUUGGAAAUUUUGAUAGGAUAUUUUGGUUUUUUAUCCUGUUCAUAUUUUAAAUGUGUUUGUGCUGGUGUCCAACAUUCCUUAAUAAUAUGGAAAGCCCUUUACUAUUCCAUGUACUAUUUACAUUUGACUAGAUUAUUUUCAGGAAAACUUAAUUUUUUUAAAUUAAUAAAUACAAUCUCUGCGUUUGCUUUUCAUUUCAUGAUACACUUCAUGUUAUUUUUUCUCAUAAAAUGUUAUUUGCUACAGUUGAAAAAAAAUGUGUAUCAGUAUAUUUUCACACAUAUACAAUGCAUAUUUUAGGAACACAGAUUGCAUAAUUUAUGUUAGUGAAUUAUGAAUAGAUUUUAUGUGCAAUUUAUAAAGAACCGAAUCCAGGGUAGUUAAGUUAACCAUAUUUAUUAAAGCAUAGUAAAAAAACAAAUAUUUUUCCACAAGGUUUUUAUAAUGGUUGGUUGUUAUUAAUCAUUAUAAUGUAGCAUAUUACCCAAGCAUUGCUUUUAAAAUAUGUGUAUGGAUUGAUCAAUAGAUUUUACUUGUAUUUUAUUGCUAUUCACGUUUCACAGCUAUUUUCAUUUUGUGCACCAAAUUUGUGUAUGAGACAAAACUAUAUUGUUCUUGGAUACUUUCAGUGUUUAGGAGGUGAAAACUGAGUAAAUCUUUGUGGAAGUUAACCAGUUUUCUAUGCCCUUAUUGUUAGUACUAAAGUUGAAUCUUUGGAAUGGAUCUGAAAAAGGAUGAAAUAAUUUUGUCAUUUAUAGAUAUACAUCUGGGAUGUUUACAAAAUUUACUUUAUGCUCGAGAAAACUCUUUGUUAUGAUUAAACAAUCACACAAAAGAAACCUUACACACAUAUGCUAUGAAAAAUUUGCAACUCAUCUAAAUGAAACCAAGAGUUGGUAACCACAAAACCUUGUAAUGCUUUAAUUUGAGCAUUCAUUUACAGUGUAACUAUUUAUAGAUCAACCUAAUAAUAUUAAAAAGGUACAAGUUUAUAAGUAAUGUUUUUCCUUUUGAUGUAAUGAACUAAAAAUUCUGAAAUAUUUAAAAUAAAAUUUUGAGCAUCAAUUUUUUGAUAAUGUUUAGUUGAAGUACUUAAGAAACAACUUUUUAAAGUUUGCUCAUUGUUACUGUAUAUGACUAGUCAGUAGGCAGCAGAGUUUGUUUGAUUGUUUUGUAUCAUGUUCAAGCUGUACAUAACAUAAAGGUGAAAUCAGUUCUUGUCAUGAAAGAAUGUUUUAUUAUAAACAGUACAAAAUAUUAACAGUUUUUAAAAUAUGAAAAUAUGAAACUCAGUGCUAUAUCUAUGUUUGAUGGCACCCUGUGCGACAUUUGGUAUCCCCCAACCCAACUCAGUAGUUUGCUUAGUUAGUCAAUUGGGCAAUUUUUAAUUCUAUAUGAAAGUUAUGCUAGCACAGGUAAACAUUAGUUUAUGUGUAAGAAGGCAAAGAAGUGAUUUUUCUCAUUUCACAUUUAAACAAUGAUGGGUUAUUAUGGCAGCUUUAAAUACAUAUAUAUAUAUAUAUA